AGAGGCGGAGAUCCGAGGAGGGAGGCGAAAGCAAUCGAGUGUUUAGCGGCGCGAGCUAAGUUCCGCCUGGCUACGGGCCCAGUUCCGCGGCUGGCUCUAAUCCGUACUCCGCUCUUCUCCUAGGCAGCCUCUCCCCCUUCCGCCGGUUGCCAGGCAGACACACCUCUCCAAACGGAGCCCGCUGCUCACCUCUUCUCUUCCAGCGCGAGGUGGCUUUUCCACGGCUUUCUGGAAAAGACACGCGUUUUUAACAAGAUGAGAAAUCGCCGGUGGCUGUUGCUGAUUUCCAACUCCACUCUCUACGGAGGAGGCUAUCUAGACCACUGCCAGGAAAAACAGAUCAAGACCUUCCUGGGGGCGCAGAUGAGGAAAGUUUUGUUUGUCCCCUAUGCUCUUCAUGACCAAAUUGCAUAUGCUACACUGGCAAGGGAGAAGCUGGAAAGUUUAGGCUAUGGAUUAGACAGUAUCCAUGAAUCAAGCGAUCCCAGAGAAGCUGUAACAAAAGCUGAGGCAAUAUUCAUUGGUGGUGGCAAUACUUUUCGUCUUUUGAAAGCUCUUUACGACAAUGAUUUGAUACAGCCAAUCAGAAAACGAGUUUUUGGGGUAGUUAAGUAAUUCUGAAACAAACUUUUGGUACAUGCUCAGAAAUUAUA